UAUCAAUCAUCCCACUUAAACAUCCAAAUAUGCUAAAGAGUAACACCGAAAUAUAAACGUUAUUAAUAUAGAUAUUCAAAUACUGUUUAUGAGUUUAUAUUUAAUUUCAAAAUCAGGAAAAUAAUCUUUAGCAUUUAGUCACAUGUAAAACAAAGCCACUCCAACUGGACCCACAUGCAGCUUUAUUUUCCAACAUUUAUAUAUUUGUCGAAACACUCACAUGGAUGGACUGGAUUGCCUCAACCCAAGAUCAAACCAAUAUCCACCAAAAACAAAAAUUCCUCUCCUCUCAUCUCCUAUCUUUUUUUUUGGACGACUGACCUCUCAUCUCCUCUCCUGCACACGCAGACACACAGUCUCGUCUCCUUCGAGCUUUUGCGUAAAAGAGAAAGAUGGGUACGAUAAACCAAGGAAUAAGCUUGUUUGAUGAACCACAAAACAUCAUAAACCCUAAUAAUACUAACCAUCUAGGGCUUUUUUUCUCUUUCCCUAAUCAAACACUAUCUUCGUCAUCUUCUUCUUCUUCAUCUCCUCCUUCUUCUCUUGUGUCUCCAUUUCUAAGUUAUCACUCCUUAAACUCCUUCCUUCACAAUAAUUCCUCUUCCUUUGUUAUUCAUCCUCAAGAUCCAAUCAAUCUCAUGGCGAAUCUCCCGGAAACCCUAAUCUCGAUCUCUUCUUUAUCUUCACCAAAGCAAAGGGAUCUUCAUGAUGGUAUUGUUAAUACUGAUCAUCAUUGUCUUACCGGUGGUAUAUCAUCUCAAAGACCCUCUUUAAAUCCAUGGGCAUGGAGUAGUCAAGCAGGACACGGAUACAGCAAGCAAAACAACCGUGUAACCGAGAUUGAUGGUGAUGUUGGUGAAGGUGGUGGCGUUAAUGAUAAUCAACAUCAUGAAACUCCUCCUCGUCAUAAGAAUACCACGAAGCCGUUAGGAGUAGUGCCUACCCUGAAGAUGAAGAAGCUUAAGACAAGAAGAAAAGUGAGGGAGCCUCGGUUUUGCUUCAAAACACUAAGCGAUGUUGACGUGUUAGAUGAUGGUUAUAGAUGGAGAAAAUAUGGCCAGAAAGUUGUCAAGAACACUCAACAUCCCAGGAGCUAUUACAGAUGCACACAAGAAAAGUGUAGUGUGAAGAAGAGAGUGGAAAGAUUAGCAGAAGAUCCAAGAAUGGUAAUCACUACUUACGAAGGAAGACAUCUCCACUCUCCUUCGAAUCAUCUCGACGACGACUCUCUCUCCUCCUCUCACCACUCUCCUCUCUCCAACUUCUUCUGGUGAUAUUCUGAUUUGUUUUUUUUUUAAUCUAAAACGAAUCAAUCUUACGUCGAACUAAUCAUCGAUAUAAGUAAUCAAUAUCUCCUUUAAAAUAAGAAAGGGGAAAUAACAACGUACAUGUUAUCGCUAGGAAAUAGGUACGAUGAUGUUAUUUAAAAUAUGUGUAAUGUGUUUGUGUUUUGUAAGAUGACUAAUGUACUUUUUCAAUCUGAAGAUUAUGUGUCUCUGUCGAGAGACGAUGGUUGGAUCUA